UUUAGCUAUACCCGGCUUUUCUUCCCAAAGAAAAGGGACAGCCGGUGGUUGCCUGACAUACUUUCUCCUAGAACGUCCCAUGGUUUCCUUCCCGGCCAUUCUGGAGUGAAAGCUAUGUUCACUUAUGCAUUGCUAUAUGUGCAUUAUUCCUGUUUUUAUAAGUGAAAAAUUGGUAUACAAAGUGGAUUAGAGAAGUUUGGUGGUGAACGAAAAAAUGCCAACUGCACCAUUUUUGUGUCUGAAGAAAGUAGCUCUACCUGCUCUCACUGUUCUUCGGUUUGAAUUAGAAGGAUUGGUUUAAACUUAAGGGGGGCCAUUUUUUGGAUUUGGUAAGUCAACUCUGUCCAAUUCAGUUUUCUUUUUAGCGAUGUAAGGCAGGAGAACUUUUCUCCAUGGGUAUGGCUGACAGCCACGGUCCAAAAAGUAAACUUAGAAAUACAAUAAAAAAGAGUCAUUGACCAAUUAUUGGUUUAGGAUUCUUCCAAUAUUUCCUUAAGGUUUAGGACAUCUGUGAGUUAAAUUUCCCUUUUCCUUCCAUUACUAGGUUCGGGUUAUUGCCUUAUUGGCACAUUCCUUCUUGUUCUGGUCAUUAAUUGGCACAUUCCUUUUUGGUUAAUAAUGUCUUUGAAUUUUCCUAAUGGUUGAAGGAUACAGAAAUCUCUAGAAAAAUAUACGAAAUUAAUACUUGAAUUCUUUUCCUAAGUGGACUCUACUUCAAAUCUCUCUAUAUAUUCAAUCUACCAUCGCAAACCUCACAAUUUUCUCUAUAACACAAUUAAUAACAAGAAGAAAAAAAAAGGGCGAGUGAGAAGCAAUAAGAACAAAUAAAAGAUGGAUGUAAACAACGCCAUUGCACCUCUCUGCGCAAAGGGUUGUGGGUUCUACGGGUCUCAAGAGAACAAAAACAUGUGUUCAAAGUGCUACAAGGAAUUUCUAAAGGCAGAGCUUAUUGUCAAAUCUGAAGCUAAAGUAUUAAACGUGGAAAAACCUUUGAACUCGAAGGUUGAUUUUGAUUUUAGUUCGAGUAGAACAACGUUGAGUGUUGUUGCAUCUGGUUCAGGUUCAAGCGUGAAGAAUAGAUGUAAGAACUGCAACAAGAAGAUUGGUUUGACAGGUUUCAAAUGUCGAUGUGGGGAUAUGUUUUGUGGGAUGCAACGUUACCCAAAAGAACAUUCUUGUACUUUCGAUUUCAAGAAAGCUGAUCGUGAAAUACUGGUUAAACAAAAUCCUGUCGUCGAUGGUGAUAAACUAGUGCAGAGGAUAUGAUCUUUUUAAAGAGAUUUUCUUGUUUAUACCGUUUUUUCUUUCCAGUUAGAGAUUUUCUUGUUUACACCUUUUUUUUGUUUUUGUUUUUUUCUUUCUUUAAAUCACUUUUAAUAAUAGCAUUGAUCAUUUUUGUCCAUACAACAGAAUGUGAAAG